AUGGUUAAAAUGAGAAGACGUCAAGUCAAACGUUUAGUGCGUAAAUUCAUCUUUUUCAUUGGUUCCAUUCUAAUACUCUCGUUUUUCACCUCGAUACUGGUGGAGCGACGACUACGUGCUACAGAGAAUACCACGGAAGCGACGGAUUUUAACGGUGAUCCAGUUACGCCGGAAGUUGUCCCACGCGCGCGCAUCAAGACUCACCGUCCGCCGAAACCACCCAUACAAGAACGUAUAAUCAUACCGCCCCAAUCGGCGGGUGCCGCACGCAACGAAGCGAUAAGGAAUGCCGAAAGGAAGCGAAAGGUUGUGAAAGGUAUAUUUAAGAUACCUUUUGCUGUUGGUGAGAAAAAAGAUUGGGAGGACUACAAAUUGAUGGAAAGUGAUGCGAAGCGUGUGGGCCUGGGCGAACAAGGCGUGCCUGCUUACAUAACGGAGGAACAUCAAAAGGAAUUGGAAAAGAGUAUGUCGCUGGAGAAUGGCUUCAAUGCUUUGCUAUCGGAUUUGAUAUCAGUAAAUCGAUCUUUGCCUGAUGCCAGGAAUCCAGAUUGCCGACACAUACACUACCUCGCAAAACUGCCUUCGACAAGCGUUGUUAUUCCCUUCUACAACGAACACAUCACCGUUCUUCAGCGCACUCUGCACAGCAUUGUGAACCGCACGCCACGCGAAUUACUGCAUCAAAUUGUGAUCGUCGACGAUGGCAGCGAUCGCGAGUACCUAAAAGCUCAACUUGAGCAGUACGUAGCGGAGCAAUUUGGCGAACUCGUUACCAUUGUUCGUUUGCCCGAACGUUCUGGCUUGAUAACAGCACGCUUGGCGGGUGCGCGUGCUGCUACCGGUGAUGCUUUGGUAUUUUUUGACUCACACAUCGAAUGCAAUUAUAAUUGGCUGCCGCCACUACUCGAACCGAUAGCCGUGAAUUACAAAAUAUCAACUUGUCCGAUUGUAGAUGUGAUUGAUCAUGCGAAUUUCGGCUAUUCUGGUAUACACCAAGAGGGUUCGCGUGGCGCUUUUGAUUGGAAACUGAGUUACAAACAAUUGAGUUUGCUGCCAGGACAAACCGCUAAUAAAACGGAGCCAGCUUCCAGCCCGAUAAUGAUGGGCGGCCUCUUUGCAAUUAGUAGACAAUUUUUUUGGGAGUUAGGCGGUUACGAUGAGGGACUGGAGAUUUGGGGCGCGGAACAAUAUGAGCUGAGUUUCAAAAUUUGGAUGUGUGGCGGUAUGCUGUUUGAUGUGCCAUGUUCGCGCGUUGCGCACAUCUUUCGAGGCCCAAUGGGCGAGCGACCGAAGCCGCGCGAGCAUAACUUCUAUCUGAAGAAUUGCAAGCGCGUGGCCGAGGUGUGGAUGGAUGAGUAUAAGCAGUACGUAUACGACCGCAGUCCACUGGAAUAUGCUGAAGUCGAUGCUGGCAAUUUGACAGCGCAACGUGCGGUACGCGAGCGUUUGAACUGCAAGUCCUUCAAGUGGUUCCUGGAGGAAGUGGCCCCCGAUUUGCUAGAGACUUAUCCGCCCGUUGAACCACCCUCUUAUGCUGCUGGUGCGCUUCAAAGUCGCGCCUAUCCACAUUUUUGUUUAGACACUAUGGGCAAAGGUAGCAAUAAUGCUGUGGGUCUCUUCUAUUGCGCUGAGAAUAAAACACAUCCGCAUGACAAUCAAUACUGGAAAUUAAGUUAUGCGCGCGAACUGCACCACAGUCACGGCGAUAUUUGUUUGGAUGUACAAUCGAUUCAAGAGAAUGCCACCGUGUGGAUGUGGACAUGCCACCAACAGGGUGGCAACCAGUUCUGGUAUUAUGAUCGCGAACAUCAGUGGUUGGUGCACGGGCGCGGAGGCCACGUCUGUCUGGAAGCCAUCAUUGAUGGCGAUUUGCAUGCGGUCUAUGCCAACGUAUGCGACAACUCCAAUCCGCGCAUGAAAUGGAGCUUUGGUAUGGUCAAUGACACCGCUUUGGAUGCCUUCUAUGAGGGACUGCCCGAGGAGUGA